UGUUAUUCAGGUGUGCCUACCUCAACGCUUGCUUUUCGCUUUUUAUUUCUCUUUUUUACGUCAAGGCGUGAUUAUUUUUCAUUUUCUAACUAUUGUUUAGUUAAAAAUGACUAAGCAGCAGCAGCCGUCCAUCUCACUCAUAUUUUCUAGGGAUAAUAAUCCGGUCACCUAACCACACCUUAAAAAACAACAGAAAGCAUCACCACCAUCAUCAUUACCACCAAUAUCGUCACCUUCAUACAUACCAUCAUACCAUGUCAUUGGAACAACUACCUUCUGAGAUUUUAUCCGAAAUCUUCGGUUAUCUCACCUAUCGGGACGGUUAUCUGUAUGAAAGUCGUGGGUACUCCAGUCUCUGUGCUCUCGCUCGCACAUGUCGGCGUUUCUCGGAUAUUGCUACUACAAUCUUCUAUACACAUCUGACUCUUGAUGUCAAUUGGGUAGACACCCAAGACCAUAUACGAACCUGCAGCCUCAACAGAUGUUCUGACGCAAAUCCCUCUCUCGUAAACCGUAUUGAUUCCGCCGAGAUUGAUUGGGACUAUGUAGACCUCGAGUCUUGUAACAAACUCGUCAGUCACUUAGCCAAGUCAACCACUUUAACCAAACUCACCUGCAUCCUCCAUCGCGCACGAUGGGAAGCACUUCCGGCCUUGUAUGACUACGCUAGCGGCAGCUUCCCCUGCCUAAGACAUCUAACCGUUGAGCUAAUCGAGUUUAACAAUUAUUGGGACUACUUGCCUGUCGAACAACUAGAGAAACUUUGCCAGCUACCGGCAUUGGAAAGCCUUACCAUCCGCGUGCCCAUAGGAGAACCCAAAACAGACGUCAGGCCAAAAAUGAUACUCACCAACUUGACCCAUUUAGACUUCGAUUACCGCCCCGUUUCUUUCGAGGCUUUAAAGUCGAUACUGCCGAGGGCCCCCAACUUAGAGUAUUUACAUCUCAGUCUUCCAGGUUAUGGUCAAGAGUUUGAACGAAAGAUGUCUGAUGACAUGGCAAUUCCAGGAUACGAACUAACCGGGGUUUUACAUUCCGCACACUACGGAACCCUCCUAGCUCCCGUGGCAGGUAGUCUUAAGGAGUUGGCGUUGGAUGGUGAUAACGUAUUAUUCACUCAGCACGACGGCACCACCAUCGAUUUAUCACAGUUCGUGAAUCUGUAUCAUCUUGAAGUCACUGCGUCUGUUCUCUUCGGCCCUCACGACACUGCAGCAUGUUGCCCAUGGCCUCGGGACGUCCGGAAGGCACUCCCACCACAUUUAGAGGCACUCCAUUUGACGUUUGAUGGUGACCAAGGCAUGUUCUGGUCUGUCGAACAGAUGAGGAAGCACCAAUCUUCGCAGACCUUCGAUGAGCUUUGGGCAUUGAGGCUUGAAAACCAUCAUGUUGACUGGCUCGUUGAACUUCUUCAUAGAAAUAGCGUCAAAAAAUACCCGCUCAAGACCGUUACGAUCAGUGAGCAGCCCGUAAUUGACCGAAAUCAGAGCUGGAAGGUGGUGAUAUGGUACGGGACAGAUUACUUGCAAACUGUUGCAGGUGAGGCAGAAGUGGAUGUUUCUAUCAGACUACUCGUUCCUCGAGAUUUUGAAUCUCCUGAGGUUGAGGUUUGGGAAGAGUCCCCUGCGUUUGGUAGAACUGGAACAUACCCACCGUCGGCCUAGUAUCGUCUUGCGAAUACAAAAGUUACCUAUGAGGAAUAGCUGGUUCAUCGCCGCAAAGGUAUUGCCUGUCUCAUGCUUAGGAGUAAUAUGUGCAUCUUUCCCAAGGCUAAACCUGAACCUAGUUAGGCACUUGGAGUAGGUAAUGAUAAUCGAUGUGAUGUGAACCUUUGUGUUCGCCUACUUUGUUUGCGUUUU